GAACGAACCAGCCCUCCGUGCCAGCAUGGUCAAGAUGCUCAUCCAAUGAUUUCGGUCUAGUCGACUUCGCCUCCAGCUGAAGCCUGGCCCCUGUAUUGCGCCACACUGUACGCUGUGCCAGUGCAACUAGGCGCUUUCCACCUUAGGCUGAGCCCGCCCAACUGCUCCCCUUCUACAACGAAGGAUACCCUGAAGUAAUAAACUCUUGGUUCUUUGGUAUUCCUAGCAACCUAUUUUCAUACAUACGCACUAACCUUGAUAAGCCCGACUGACACCCUCGGCAUGCUGCGACGCUCGUCUCUUCACCUAGGCUGCUACGUAUAUGUCUCCUGUAGAUCUUAAUCCUCCCGAACCUGCCGCUACCUCCUCUUAGGACUACGAUCGCGCUCCCUUGGGCUUUGUAAAUAGCUAUCUAUAAUGGAGAGUACUCGUUACACGGUGGGAUGGAUAGCGCCACUUUAUCUGGAGCUAAUAGCUGCAAAAUCUGCACUGGAGCAAGAAUAUGACGAAAUCUACGCAGAUGGAUAUCGCUUCUACGGAGGAAGAAUUGGAGAACAUAAUGUUGUAUUAGGGGUACAGCCGACUAUAGGGACAGAUGCGGCUUCAGAUCUCGCAGCUAGGAUGAGCUCAGCGUUUCCAAAUAUCCGAUUCUUUCUAGUUGUUGGAAUAGGAGGUGGAGUACCUCGAUACGGCGUGACAGGUGCUGCGUCUGAGAUUGUACUUGGCGAUGUAGUGGUGAGCUAUCCGUGGGGUAAUUCCGGUGGCGUUAUUCGAUAUGAUUCUGGUGCCUGGGUAGGAGAAGACGAAGGUCGCCUUAAAACGGUUGGGCACACAAACGGCCCACCGCAUGCCCUUCUGGGAGCUGUCAACAAUCUACGAGCCGACCAUGCUACUGGAACUGGAACGAUUAUCCCAAUUCUCUUGAAAAGAAUGCGGCUUAGGAUUCACGAAAAUGAACGCCAUAGAUUCGAAGACCCAGGCCCCGAUCAGGAUAUACUGUUCCAAGACGACUGUUCGCAUCCAACUGACUUAACAAAUGUGGAUUGCCAGCAGUGUUGCGGGCAGGAUUUCUCGCAGCAGCGGAAAAGGCGAGGUAACAGCGCGGUCAGGCAGACUGAUACCCCAAAAAUCCACUACGGCAAUAUUGGGUCAAGUAACCAACUUCAGAUCUCACCAGCCGAGAGAAAUAGACUUCAGAAGGAUCAUGGUAUCAUUUGUUUUGAAAUGGAGGGCGCAGGUGUUAUCCAGAGGCAUCCGUGUCUAAUUGUUCGUGGCAUCUGUGACUAUUCUGAUUCUCAUAAGAACAAAAUAUGGCAAGCUUAUGCGGCAGUAACAGCCGCUGCAUACACAAAAGAACUCCUAGAGAGCAUGCCAGCAAUUAGGAAAACUGGGCAGAUCGAAGAUUGUAGCCAAGGGGUGACAAGUGUAUUUCCUCGGCUUCAGGAGGAAAUUAAUAAGAGAAUUCACCCUGGACAGCGUUCUAGUCUCCUCGAUCACCUACCGUACGCUGACGAUGCGGCCUUCAACUCGUCUACAAAUCAACAUGAUCCCCUUUGCCUUCCUAAUACACGCGUUGACCUCCUUCAAGAAAUAUACAAUUGGGGUAAUGGACAAGACGAGCGGUUGAUCUUCUGGUUAAACGGCUUAGCAGGCACAGGAAAAUCCACGAUUGCCCGGACUGUCGCACGGACAUACUUUGACAAGAAACGUCUUGGAGCGAGCUUCUUCUUUUCACGUGGUGGUGGAGAUGUUAGCCACGCAGGCAAAUUCUUCACCACUAUAUCGAAGCAGCUUGCGACUAGCAUACCUCCUCUCCACCAGCACAUCCGUGACGCUAUUAAAGCCCAGGACGAUAUUGUUAAGUUAUCUUUCCAGGAUCAAUGGCGCCAUCUAGUCCUUGGUCCCCUCUCGAAACUGACCGGCAAUUUACGUCCGCCUAUGUUUACCAUUGUAAUCGACGCACUCGACGAGUGCAGUAAUGAAAACGAUAUUCAGAUUCUUUUGCACCUCUUAGCGGAUGCUCGAUCCCUAGAUAGAGUCCGGCUGCGAAUAUUUCUAACGAGCAGGCCCGAGGUUCCGAUUCGGUAUGGGCUAUGCCAAAUAUCGGAUGCAGAAUACGGAGAAUAUAUACACCAAGACUAUGUACUCCACCGUAUAUCGCCGUCGAUCGUAGACCAAGAUAUUCGUACUUUCCUCGAAUAUAAUUUCGAACGCAUCAGACAUGAACGCUCUUUAGAUAUUAGCUGGCCUGGCGAAGAAGUUAUUACAUCCCUAGUGCAAAUUGCAAGUGGGUUAUUUAUUUGGGCCGCAACCGCUUGUCGUUUUAUCCACGAAGGAAGGAAAUUUGCACCUAAAAGGCUUAAUACUAUUCUCACAGGCAGAGGUGGCGAUGUCACUGCACCAGAAAAAUACCUCGAUCAAAUCUAUAUCACUGUUCUCAAGCAUUCCAUCUCUCCAGAUUAUACAAGUGAGGAGAAAGAGGAGGUAUAUUGUAUGUUGAGACGGGUUCUUGGAAGUACCGCCCUUCUCUUCUCACCGCUCUCUGCAUGUGCUCUAAAGAGGCUGCUUAACGUCACCGAGGAUAUCUAUCAGACAUUGGACGAUCUGCACUCUGUUUUGGAUGUUCCAAAGAGUGGUAAUCAACCGCUUCGUCUUCACCACCCUUCAUUUCGCGACUUCCUUCUCAACCACAACCGAUGUGAGGACCAGAACUUCUGGGUAGAUGAAACGCAAACACACCAAACGCUAGCCAGUAACUGUAUACGGCUUAUGUCAACCUCCCUUAAAGAAAACAUCUGUGGCCUAAAUAGUCCCGGUAUACGUGCCACAGAAGUUGACAGCAGUCGAGUCCAGCAGUGCCUUCCUCCAGAACUUCAGUAUGCAUGUCUAUACUGGAUACAACACUUUCAGAGGAGCAGAGUUCAGUUCCGUGAUAAUGAUCCAGUGCAUCAGUUUUUAAAACAACAUCUUCUUCAUUGGUUUGAAGCACUUGGCUGGAUGGGGAAGAUUUCUGAAGGAAUUCAUGCAAUCGCUUCCUUGGAGUUGAUGAUAGUUGCUAGGCAUACGAAAGUCCCCAGCUGUUUAAAUAUGCCCAGGACAUAAAACGGUUUAUACUCUAUAACCAGCCAGCGAUUGCACUCGCUCCCCUCCAGGCAUACUGCAGCGCGCUUAUUUUUACGCCCGAGAUGAGCAUAGUAAGAAAGCAGUUUGCCAAUUGCAUACCUCAAUGGAUACCAAGAUCACCAAAGGUUGAAAGGAAUUGGAGUGCGGCACUUCAGACGCUCGAGGGACAUAGCG